GAGGGACGCAGAGCUCUCCGCAGUGUAUUUCUGGAUCCUAAAGAGCCACCCAAAAACUGACCCAGAAUAUGGAAUCUGAAAAUAUGGAAUCCGAAUAUAUGGAAAUGGAAACCAUUUCCUCAGCUUCAGCUCUUCAGGCUCUCUCUAAGCUGCUUUAUCCGGAAGAGGAUGACUUUGAGUCCGGACAGUCAAAUAGUUCAUCUGAAAUGGGUCCUGGGGAUAUUGGACCCCCAAAAACAGAAGCGCUUAAAGUCAUCCCUCAAACAAGUGAUGAAAAUAGUGAGCACAUCUGGAAUCCGGAGGAGGUUCCAGAAGGGGCAGAGCACCAUGAUGUGUGGGAUAUUAGAGAAACACCAGAAUAUGAAAUUGUGUUCAAACAGCAGGUGGGAACUGAAGAUAUGUUCCUGGGAUUGACCAGAAAGGACCCUUCAACUGCGUGUUGUAAGGAUCUAGUGAUUAAAAUUAAACUGCCAAAUACGAACACUUCUGAAAUUGAAAUCAACAUUCAGGAAAUGACCCUUGACCUCCGUACUCCUAAUAAGAAGCUGCUGUUAACCCUUCCCUAUCCUGUGGAAUGCAACAAUGCCAAAGCUUUCUAUAUUGCUGAAACUGAGACUCUCGAGGUCACCAUGACUAUGAAACGAGAGUUGGAUUUUAUUAAUUUCUUCUGA